CCGAGGCGCCGGGGGAGGGCAGCGUGUGAGGAGCCAGCGGGCUGCUCCUGACCCUUCUCCUGCCCUGCUCCCUGUGCCUGGGCCCUGGGCGGCAGCUACCUGGGGAGACCUSGUGCGGAGCGGUGCCUGCGUCCCAUCCCGUGGUGGCUACAAGGCCUGUGUCCACCCAUCUCAUGUGCUACGUGUGUCCCUAGAGCCUCAUUCCGUGCUGUCUGGCGGGAGCGCCAUCUCGGCUCACCAGCUCAUCGCCUCACCACCCCAGCAGGGCUGCCUCAGCAUGGCCAUCUCAUCACGCCUCGCCUUGUGGGAGCAGAAGAUCCGGGAAGAGGACAAGAGUCCUCCGCCGUCCUCGCCCCCUCCCCUCUUCUCCGUCAUCCCGGGGGGCUUCAUCAGGCAACUGGUCCGCGAGACGGAGAAAGAGUCCAAGGAAGCCAGGCGGAGGAAGCAGGCGGCGCUGGCCUCCCCAGAGCGAGAGACCCCAGAAGUUUCCACCAGUCCACCAAACAGCAAGACCAACAGGGGCACGAAAUCUGGAAGCCAACAGAUUCCCCAGGACAGCCAGUCUGCCCCUCCCCAGGGCACAAGCAUUCCGGGCAAGGAGAGCCAGGGGGCCUGCGGCACUGCCCCUGCACUGAUGACCAGCAUCAAUGGCGAGAAGCCCCAGGAGCCGGGCCCCACGGCGACCCCGGCCAAGAAGAGCCUGCCCUUCAGGAGGGGUGUGCUGGGGGGCGACGUGCUGCUGAUGGUGGCCAGGCUGGACCCGGGAGCGGCCCAGCYAGAGCAGAGGACCCAGCCCCGUGAUCCCCCCGCUUGCAAGACACCACCCGCAGUCACAGACCCCGGGGGCGAAAAGCCAGGGGAGACCCCAGGGAGUCCCUCUGGGUCCCAGGUCCCCACUGAGGACUUGGCUUUGAAGCCUGAGAASAUCCGGACUGGGGGUCUUGGGGACCCAGGCCAAGGAUCAGAAGGCGAGAAGGGGGGCAGGGGACCCCAGACCAAAGGGCUGAAAGGGGGUGAGCCCCAGGGCAAAGAGGAGCAGAGGACCAGGCCCCAAACCCAAGGGGCAGGUGAUGGGGGGCAGCCAGGGGCGGUGGAGAAGGAGGGAGGGGAUCCCCCAAGCAAGAACGAGAAGGGGGGUCUGCCCACGGACGUGGAGACUGAAGGGAAGCCCUCUGGGCCUCGAGUCCAAGUGAGAAAAUGGGGCGGUUCCCUGGGCAGAAAGAGUAAGUGGGGUGGUCCCCAGAGCAAGAAGGACAAAGGAGGUGACCUCAGGGCCGGCAGCRAGGAGCCGGAAGGAGGCACAGCGCAGGGCAGCCUGCGGCCGCCAGGGGGUGCCCCCGUGGAGCCGGAGGCGGCAGGCGCACCUGGGCGGACAGGUGAGCCCUGCGCCAGGCCGGAGGAGGCCCGGGGGGCAGGCGGAGCCCCAGAGGAGGUGGCUGCAGCGGGGCCGUCGCUGGCGGCAGCCGGAAAGGAGGUCGCACCGCAAGGCAGAGCGCAGGAGCCCUGCGCCACAGGAGCCCAGGACGAGGACAGGCCUGGGCUGCGGCAGCUGGACGGAAGCUCAGGGCCUGCGGAGACCCCGGGGGUCGGGCAGACACAGCCUGAGGAGGGAACAGCCCUGCAGGAGGACAGCAGAGGAGGCCAGAGCGCAGACUCAGACCAGGCUCCUGAGGACAGAUGGUACCAAGCAGAGAAAGUCUGGCUGGUUCAGAAGGACGGAUUUACUCUUGCCACGGUGCUAAAGCCAGACGAGGGAACAGCCGACCUGCCCGCGGGAAGGGUACGACUUUGCCUCGACGCUGACCAAACCGUCACRGAGGUGGAUGAGGAGCAUGUGCACAGGGCUAACCCCCCCGAGCUGGACCAGGCCGAGGACCUGGCCUCUCUGGUCAGCGUCAACGAGUCCAGCGUCCUGAACACGCUUCUGCACCGCUACCGGGCCCAGCUGCCACACACCUGCUCUGGGCCUGAUCUGAUCGUCCUUCAGCCCCAGGGUCCCUGGGCGCCCCCUGCAGCCAAGGUGCCCAGGGGCCGCCGGGACGGCUUGCCUGCCCAUGUCUGCUCCCUGGCCCAGCGGGCCUACUGGGAGCUGCUGAGCCAGCGGAGGGACCACAGCAUCGUGGCCCUGGGCCGGAGUGGCGCGGGGAAGACCACCUGCUGCGAGCAGGUCCUGGAGCACCUGGUGGCCAUGGCAGGCAGUGUGGACGGCAGGGUGUCAKUGGAGAAGAUCCGAGCCGCCUUUAUGGUCCUCAGGGCCUUUGGCUCUGUGUCCACCAGCCACAGCCGCAGCGCCACCCGAUUUAGCAUGGUGAUGUCACUGGACUUCAACGCCAUGGGCCGCAUCACAGCCGCUCAGCUCCAGACGAUGCUUUUGGAGAAGAGCCGCGUAGCUCGGCAGCCGGACGGGGAGGGCAACUUCAAGGUCUUCUCCCAGAUGCUGGCUGGGCUGGACCUGGAUCUCAGGACGGAGCUGAACCUGCACCAGACGGCAGAAAGCAGCACCUUUGGCAUGGGCGUGUGGUCCAAGCCUGAAGACAAGCAGAAGGCCGGGUUGGCCUUUGCCCAGCUCCGGGGUGCCAUGGAGACGCUGGGCAUCUCGGAGAGCGAGCAGCGGGCCAUUUGGCGGGUGCUGGCGGCCAUCUACCACCUCGGCGUGGCCGGGGCCUGCAAAGUGGGCCGGAAGCAGUUCAUGCGUUUCGAGUGGGCGAACCACGCAGCCGCGGCCCUGGGCUGUGAGUUCGAGGAGCUGAACACGGCCACCUUCAAGCACCACCUGCGGCAGAUCAUCGAGCAAGUGACGUCCAGGCCCAGGCCACGGGGACUCGAGGAGGAGGAGGCCAGCCCAGGGCUCAAGAUGACGGGCGUGGAGUGCGUGGAGGGCAUGGCCAGCGGCCUGUACCAGGAGCUCUUUGCUGCUGUCGUCUCGCUCAUCAACAGAUCCUUCUCCUCCCACCACCUCUCCAUGGCGUCCAUCAUGGUGGUGGACUCCCCGGGCUUUCAGAACCCCCGGCAUCAGGGCAAGGACCGGGCGGCCACCUUUGAGGAGCUGUGUCAUAAUUACGCCCAGGAGCGCCUGCAGCUGCUCUUCCACCAGCGCACCUUCSAGUCCACGCUGGAGCGACUCCGAGAGGAAGGUGUUCCUGUGAAGUUCGACCUCCCAGAGUCUUCCCCAGCGACMACGGUGGCCGUGGUGGAUCAGAAGCCCUCCCAGGUCCACUUACCAGCUGGAGGAGGUGCCGAGGAUGCCAGGGGCCUUCUCUGGGUCCUGGAUGAGGAGGUCCGGGUCGAGGGCUCCAGUGACAGCGUGGUGCUCGAGCGUCUGCGGGUGGCCUUUGAGAAGGGAGCUGGAGGUGAGGGGGCCUCCGCCCUGAGGACCUGUGAGCAGCCCCUUCAGUGCGAGAUCGCCCACCAGCUGGGGCAGGACCCCGUGCGCUACGACCUCACGGGCUGGCUCCACAAGGCCAAGCCCAACCUCUCGGCCCUGGACGCCCCCCAGGUCCUUCAGCACUCAAAGAGGGAGGAGCUGCAGAGCCUGUUCCAGGCGCGGGCCAAGCUGCCCCCCGUGUGCCGGGCAGUGGCGGGCCUGGAGGGCACCUCGGAGCAGGCGUCGCUGCGGAGCCGCGUGGUGAGGAGGACCUUCGCCAGCAGCCUGGGCGCCGUGCGGAGGAGAGCCCCGUGCUCCCACGUCAAGCUGCAGAUGGACGCUCUGGUCAACCUGGUGAAGCGGUCCCGGCUGCACUUCAUCCACUGCCUGACGCCGACCCCGACRAUGGAGAGCAGGGGCGGGCAGGGCUCUCCCACACCACCGCAGCCCGGUGGGGACCAACCCGCGGCAGACCAGCCCCUGUCCCUGGACAUCCCGGCACUCAGGGUGCAGCUGGCGGGAUCACACAUCCUGGAGGCCCUGCGUCUGCACAGAACAGGCUACGCCGACCACAUGGGGCUUGCUCAGUUCCGCCGGCGGUUCCAGGCGCUGGACCCUGCGCUGCUGAAGAAGCUCCCGUCGGCCUCGGAGGGAAUGGACGAGCGGAAGGCUGUGGAGCAGCUCCUGAUGACCUUGGAUCUGGAGAAGACGGCAGUGGCCCUGGGACACAGCCAAGUCUUCCUCAAGGCAGGGGUGGUCUCCAGGCUGGAGAGGCAGCGGGAGAAGCUGGCGUCCCAGAGCAUCGUCCUCUUCCAGGCCGCCUGCAAGGGCUUCCUGUCGCGCCAGGARUUCAAGAAGCUGAAGAUUCGCCACCUGGCUGCCCAGUGCAUCCAGAAGAACGUGGCCGCGUUCCUGGCCGUCAAGGACUGGCCGUGGUGGCAGCUGUUUGGUGCCCUCCGGCCACUCCUGAGUGCCACCAUUGGGACCGAGCAGCUYCGAGCCAAAGAGGAGGAGCUCACAAUGCUGAGACAGAAGCUGGAAAAGUCAAUAAAGUCCAGGACUGAGCUCCGGCAGAACACAGACCGCCUGGAGAGCCAGAUUGCUGACUUGACCACAGAGCUGGCAGACGAGCGCUUCAAAGGGGACGCGGCCUGCCAGGCGCUGGAGAGCGAGCGGGCAGAGCGGCUGCAGGCCUUCCGGGAGGCCCAGGAGCUCAAGAGCAAGUACGAGCAAGUCCAGAAGAAGUUGGGAGAAGUAGAGAAGCAGUUGGAGGAAGCCCAGCAGAAAAUUCAGCUGAAUGACGUGGAGAGGAGCCACGCGGCGGGAGCAGAUGAGUGGCAGAUGCGCUUCGACUGUGCUCAGAUGGAGAAUGAGUUUCUCAGAAAGCGGCUCCAGCAGUGUGAGGAGAGGCUGGACUCAGAGCUGACAUCCAGGAAAGAGCUGGAACAGAAGCUCGCCCAGCUGCAGAGCGCUUACGAGGAGGCCAGGAAGACAGCCCACCAACUGAAGAGGAAGUGCCACCACCUGACCUGGGACCUGGAGGACACCCGCGUCCUGCUGGAGAACCAGCAGGGCCGAAACCACGAGCUGGAGAAGAAGCAGAAGAAGUUUGACAUGCAGCUGGCUCAGGCCCUGGGGGAGUCGGUGUUUGAAAAGAGUAUGCGUGAGAAAGUGUCGCAGGAGAACAACAGCGUUCGGUGGGAGCUGGGGCAGCUCCAGCAGCAAGUCAAGCAAAAGGAGCAGGAAACCAUGAAGCUGAGGCAGGAGGUGGAGACGCUGCAGACUCAGAAACAGGAGCUGCUGGAGUCAUCCUCCGUGGGGAAAGAUGGCGUCGCCGGCUUGAAGGAGCGGCUCUGGAAGCUGGAAUCCAGCAAGCUGGAGCAAGAGAAGAUCCAGAACCAGCAGGAAAAUACCAUCAAGCAGCUGGAGCAGCUCCGCCAGCGGUUUGAACUGGAAAUAGAGAGGAUGAAGCAGAUGCAUCAGAAGGACCGGGAGGACCAAGAGGAGGAGCUGGAGGACAUCCGUCAGUCCUGCCAGAAGCGGCUCCACCAGCUGGAGAUGCAGCUGGAGCAGGAACACGAGGAGAAGCAGAUGGUGCUCCACGAGAAGCAGGACCUGGAAGGCUUGAUCGGGACCCUGUGUGACCAGAUCGGCCACCGGGAUUUCGACGUGGAGAAGCGUCUUCGGAGGGACCUGAAGAGGACGCACGCCCUUCUGUCCGACGUCCAGCUUCUUCUGGCCACCAUGGAGGACAGCAAGACCUCUGUCAGCAAGGAGGAGCUGGAGAAGGUGCACAGCCAGCUGGAACAGAGUGAGGCCAAGUGCGAGGACGCCCUGAAGACCCAGAAGGCGCUGACCACGGACCUGGAGAACAUGCACAGCGAGCUGGAGAACAUGACCCGGAGCAAGAGCCUGGUGGACGAGCAGCUGCACCGGCUGCAGCUGGAGAAGGCGGGCCUCCUGAAGCGCAUCGACGAGGACCAGGACGACCUGAAUGCGCUCGUGCAGAAGCACAAGGACCUCAUCGCUCAGUCGGCUGCGGACAUUGGUCAGAUCCAAGAGCUACAGCAGGAGCUGGAGGAAGCCAAGAAGGAGAAGCACAAGCUUCAGGAACAACUGCAGGUGGCGGAGAUGCGUGUCCAGUACCUGGAGCAGUCCACCGUGGACCGCGCGAUCGUCAGCAGGCAGGAGGCAGCCAUCUGCGACCUGGAGAACAAGACGGAGUUUCAGAAAGUGCAGAUUAAGAGACUUGAGGUCCUGGUGAUCAGACUUCGGGACAGCCUGAUCAAGAUGGGCGAGGACCUGUCACAGGCCCAGGCCUCGGAGUCCAAGCAGCGGGAGAGCAGCCAGUACUACCAGCGGCGCCUGGAGGAGCUGAAGGCAGACAUGGAGGAGCUGGUGCAGCGGGAGGCGGAGGCCAGCAGGAGGUGCAUGGAGCUGGAGAAGUACGUGGAGGAGCUCGCCGCCGUGAGGCAGACCCUGCAGACGGACCUGGAGACGUCCAUCCGGCGGAUCGCCGACCUGCAGGCGGCCCUAGAGGAGGUGGCGUCCAGCGACAGCGAUGCUGAGAGUGUGCAGACAGCGGUGGAUUGUAGCAACGGCRGCAGGAAAGAAAUAGACAGCUUCUCCGUCAUCAGCUCCCAGCCAGAGGGCAGCCUGCAGUCCUGGCUGAGCUGCACUCUGUCCCUGGCCACAGACACGGCGAGGAGCCCCUCUCGACAGUCCGCCGCCAGCAGCUACACCCUCAGUGCCAGGGCGAACAAAGAGGCCAGAGAUGCUGGGGGGACCCGGCCAGCRUCGGCGCUCGGCAGAGCCUGGGACAGCGGCAGGAAGACCUCCAGAGAAGGCGAUGUGUCCCCGCGUUCCGCCCGCCCACAGAAGUCCUGCCACUUUGAGGAUGGGGACAGGUUUGGUGUCCACAGAAAGCCCGCGGAGAGGUCGGGGGCUCUGCCUUUCCCCCUGGCUCCUCGGAGUCCAGAUGCGUCCCCGCUGCCCCGGGAGAAGCUGCCCAGCCCGUCGGCGGCCCUCUCGGAGUUCGUGGAAGGGCUUCGCAAGAAAAGGGCCCAGAGGGGACAAGGGUCCCCUCUGGGCCUGGAGGACUGGCCCACCCUCCCCAUUUACCAGACCACCGGCGCCUCCACGCUCAGGAGGGGCAGGGCCAGCAGCGACGAGGGAGAGCUAUUCCUGAGGUCACGGGCCAGGUCACCCCUGGAAGAAGAGGGGGCCGCGGGGACAUCGGCUGGUCUGCUGCGCUCCACCAGCCUGAGAUGCAUCUCCUCCGAGGGCGCGGAGGGCACCACCCAGCUGCCCGAGAAGCUCAAGACCCGGUUCGGUUCGUGCGAGUCCCUCUUGGCAUCGGGACCCACCCUGGGGAGAAAACCGAGCCCCCCGACCCUGCCCAGGGACACRCUCUUGUCACCCACACUGCGACCUCGGAGGAGGUGUCUGGAGUCCUCGGUGGAUGAUGCGGGCUGCCCGGACCUGGGGAAGGAGCCGCUGGUCUUCCAGAAYCGUCAGUUUGCCCACCUGAUGGAGGAGCCCGUGGACAGCGACCCGUUCGGCUGGACGCGCCCCAGCCUGGACAUCAGACGCAAGCCCAGCGUGGACUUCGAUGACUUCCUCCCUGCCAUCCGGAAGCCCGAGACCCCUCCAUCCUUGGCCGGAACAGCCAGAGAUGGGCACAAAGGUUCGAAGCUCUCGAGUGUCCACCUUGAGAUGGAAGAGGCUGACCGCCCCUUUGUCUCGGGCAUCAAGACCAUUUUGAAAAAGAGCCCGGAGUCCAAGGAGGACCCUGCACACCUCUCCGACUCGUCUUCUUCCUCCAGUUCAAUUGUGUCCUUCAAAAGUGCCGACAGCAUCAAGAGUCGGCCAAGAGCCCCGMGACUGGAGGGCGACGGUGGAGAACAGCUGUCCCCCGAGAACAGACAGCCAGGUGCAGAGAGGAAAGAAGACGUGGAGAGCAUAAUGAAGAAAUACCUCCAGAAGUAGGGCCCUGCAGGUCUGACCUGCGUUUGUCCCCAGCUUCUGGAGAUGCGGUCCUCGAAGUCUCCCCAGCUCCACAGCCGCCUGGAGACAGAGACUGGCCAGGCCUCGCGGGGCCCGGGUCCGGAGCCGCCCACACAGCCACCCCCGAGAGGGAGAAGGACCCAGGAGGCAGUUCCCGCUGGGGGCCUGGGGGCCCGGGCGCCCGUGUGCU